AGUUUGUGAGUAACUUUUCCCACUAAAUUCCAAGGUGUAAUCUUUUCCUUUUCCAACUAUCAUGUAAAUUAACUAGAAAGGUAAGUGUUUUGUGAACAGUGAACACAUAGGAAUUGGAAGAAAUGGUGAAGUAACAUGCGCAUGGCUAACAACAGCUAACCUAAUCCUCAACAAGAAAAACAUAUUGAACUAUUGGUCACAAACAAUGCAUGAUCAUGGAUUUUUCUUGAAGAGCAAUGGAAACCUUGUUGGUGGGUAAUAAUAAGCAAAUUGUUGGGUUAAUCUCAACAUUUGGCUCAUAUUAUCUCAUCUUUUCUUGAUCGGUUCUCAUAUGAAACUUCGGACAAAAUUCUUCAUAUCAAGCAUAAUGACAGAAAAAUAGAUAAAGUCUCGUGACCACCACGAUAUAAAAAGAAAAGAAGAUGGAGGAGAAGAGCAACAACUAUUCAUGGUUGUUAUUGAUAUGGAGGAUGGUGGUCCUCCUUGUGCAACAUCCAAUUGGAAUCGGGGUGAUGAGCUUUGUGAUGGGCUUCCUGACGAUCGAUCCUUUCAAGAUGGGGCCCACAGGGGAGCACAAGUUUCGACCAGUGAGGCACGAGAUAGCGAGUUACGAGGAAGUGAUGCAACAUUGGCCCAAAGACAACAAGAGCCGAUUGGGAUCGGAAGGAAAACUGGAGUUUGUGGAUCAGGUUUUCGGGCCCGAGUCUUUGGAGUUCGACGCCAAUGGAAAUGGGCCUUACACAGGUCUAGCAGAUGGUCGGAUCGUGAGAUGGAUGGGCGACCAAAUCGGUUGGGAAACAUUUGCUAUCGUCACUAAUGCUUGGACGGAGGAGGCGUGCGGGAGAGGAGUGGAGUCGACGACGGCGAAGCAGUGGAAGUACGAGAAGCAAUGCGGCCGGCCUUUGGGCCUUAGGUUCAAUAAGGCAACCGGUGAGCUGUACAUUGCCGACGCCUACUAUGGGCUUUUAAAGGUUGGGCCGGAAGGUGGAAUAGCUAAGCCCUUGGCUACGCACGACGUGGGCGGGAAGCCCAUUCUGUUCGCUAAUGAUCUCGACAUCCACUCAAACGGCUCCGUUUUUUUCACGGAUACGAGCAAACGAUACGACCGUGUGAGUCAUUUCUUCAUCUUAUUGGAAGGAGAAGCUACGGGCAGACUUCUACGAUAUGAUCCGCCCACCAAUCAAACUCAUGUUGUGAUCGAUGGGCUUGCUUUCCCUAAUGGUGUCCAAUUAUCUCAUGACCAAACUUUCCUACUCUUCACAGAGACCACUAAUUGCAGGCUGAUGAAAUACUGGCUGGAGGGACCAAAGGCCGGCACGGUGGAUCAUGUCGCCGACCUACCGGGCUUCCCGGACAAUGUUCGAGCCAACGACAAAGGGCAGUAUUGGGUAGCCAUCGAUUGUUGCAGAACUGCACCUCAAGAGGUGCUGACACGAAACCCUUGGAUGAGGAGCGUCUACUUCCGGCUGCCUUUGAGGAUGAGCUUGCUGGCAAGGAUCAUGGGGAUGAAGAUGUACACCGUCAUCGCGUUGUUCGAUGAGAACGGCCGAAUCUUGGAGGUGAUGGAAGAUCCCAAGGGAAUGGUGAUGAAGCUUGUGAGUGAAGUUAGGGAAGUGAACGGGAAGCUCUGGAUUGGGACUGUGGCUCAUAACCAUAUUGCUACGCUGUCGUAUAAUCCGCGAGUAAGUAAUUAAUCAGGGGGAAACCGUGCAAUAGAAGUCAAUAUGGGUGAAAAUAAGGACUUCGAAAAGAG